CCUCCCUGCUCCCGGCACGCGGCUGCCGUGGAGCCCCGGGCCACCCGCCGGCCCGUCAGCACCGCCGAGCUCAAGGAGAAACCUGACAUGUCUAGAUUUCCUGUUGAAGAUACUCGAAAUUUCAGUAUCAUUGCACAUGUGGAUCAUGGCAAAAGUACUCUAGCUGACAGGCUCCUAGAACUAACAGGAACAAUUGAUAAGACACAGAAAAAUAAGCAGGUUCUUGAUAAAUUACAAGUGGAACGGGAAAGAGGCAUCACCGUGAAAGCACAGACGGCAACUCUGUUUUACAGUUUUGAAGGAAAGCAGUACCUGUUAAAUCUCAUUGACACACCGGGCCAUGUUGAUUUUAGUUAUGAAGUGUCCAGGUCACUGUCGGCCUGCCAAGGAGUCUUAUUGGUGGUCGAUGCAAAUGAGGGUAUUCAAGCUCAGACUGUAGCAAAUUUCUUUCUUGCCUUUGAAGCACAGUUGACAGUAAUUCCAGUUAUAAACAAGAUAGAUCUGAAGAAUGCUGAUCCUGAAAGGGUUGAAAAACAGAUUGAAAAAGUGUUUGAUAUCCCUAGUGAUGAAUGUAUUAAGAUUUCUGCGAAACUUGGGACGAAUGUUGAAAGUGUUCUUCAGGCAGUCAUUGAAAGAAUACCUCCUCCAAAAGUACAUCGUGAAAACCCACUGAAAGCAUUGGUAUUUGAUUCCACCUUUGACCAGUAUAGAGGUGUGGUAGCCAACAUAGCACUGUUUGAUGGAGUGGUUUCCAAAGGAGAUAAAAUUGUAUCCGCACACACUAAGAAGACAUAUGAAGUUAAUGAAGUAGGCAUUUUGAAUCCUAAUGAGCAGCCAACUCAUAAAUUAUAUGCAGGACAGGUGGGCUUUCUGAUUGCUGGGAUGAAAGAUGUCACUGAAGCACAAAUAGGAGAUACAUUAUAUUUACAUAAUCAUCCAGUGGAGCCCUUGCCUGGGUUUAAAUCAGCGAAACCAAUGGUAUUUGCAGGAAUGUACCCUAUAGACCAAUCUGAAUAUAAUAACCUGAGGAGUGCUAUAGAAAAACUGACCUUAAAUGACUCCAGUGUGACAGUGCAUCGAGACAGUAGUCUGGCCCUGGGUGCUGGCUGGAGGUUGGGAUUUCUUGGAAUUUUGCACAUGGAAGUUUUCAACCAGCGACUAGAGCAAGAAUAUAAUGCUUCUGUUAUUUUGACAACCCCUACUGUUCCAUACAAAGCUGUUCUUUCAUCUGCAAAAUUGAUAAAGGAAUAUAAAGAAAAAGAAAUCACAAUCAUCAACCCUGCACAAUUCCCUGAUAAGUCAAAAGUAACAGAAUAUUUGGAACCAGUUGUUUUGGGCACUGUUGUCACACCAACUGAAUACACUGGGAAAGUAAUGGCGCUUUGCCAGGCACGAAGAGCAAUUCAGAAAAAUAUGAUUUUUAUUGAUGAAAAUAGAGUUAUGCUUAAAUAUCUCUUCCCUUUGAAUGAAAUUGUGGUAGAUUUUUAUGACUCUUUGAAGUCUCUAUCUUCUGGAUAUGCAAGUUUUGAUUAUGAAGAUGCAGGUUACCAGGCUGCAGAUCUUAUAAAAAUGGAUAUUCUGCUGAAUGGAAAUAUUGUGGAAGAGCUGGUAACUGUGGUACAUAGAGAGAAAGCAUACACUGUUGGCAAAACCAUAUGUGAACGUCUAAAGGAUUCUCUGCCCAGACAGCUAUUUGAGAUAGCAAUCCAAGCUGCUGUUGGAAGCAAAGUAAUUGCAAGAGAAACUGUGAAAGCCUAUAGAAAAAAUGUUUUGGCAAAAUGUUAUGGUGGUGAUAUCACCCGAAAAAUGAAACUUUUGAAGAGGCAGACAGAAGGGAAAAAAAAGCUGAGGAAGAUUGGCAACAUUGAAAUUCCCAAAGAUGCUUUUAUAAAAGUUCUGAAAACCCAGCCUAAUAAAUGAUUCAUGGACAGCA